AUGCGUUUCUCCUUCCUCGCCGCUCUCACUCUUAUCAGCGCUGCUAUUGCCGCUCCCCAGCAGCAGGCUGGUAACAAUCCUGCUCAGAACACUCUCCCCAUCGGCGCUCCCUGCAAGAAGGACGGUAGCAUGGGUGUCUGUGAAGGUGGAUUCUGCUUGCAAGACGAGAAGGCCGACCAGGGCGUCUGCCAGCAAGCCAAGAACUGA